ACCUCUCAACCCCACCUUCCACACACACACGCCCUCUCCUCGACCUCGAACCCGCACAUCCUUCAGCUCGCAGCCAUGAGCAGCCAAGAAAAAACCACCACCGGCGGCGGCGGUGUCAUCGAGAACGCUCGACACCGGCCGAGUAAGCUCAAGCUGUGCUACCACCUCGCCGUCUCCAACGCUCUGUACCUCCUCCUCGCCCCGGUGGCCGCUGUCCUCGCUCUGCGCUUCCCCCGUCUCACCGCGUCCGACCUCGCCGCCUUGCAAACAUCCCUCACCGCCAACCUGCCCCUCUCCAUCGCCUUGCUCGGCGUCUGCGCUGUCCUCGCCACCGCCUACCUCAUGCGCCGCCCGCGCGCGGUGUACCUGCUGGACUUCGCGUGCUACAAGCCGGGGCCAGAGCACACGGUCACCCGGGAAACCUUCAUGCGGCAGUCGGCGGCGGCCGGCGUCUUCACCGACGACAACCUCGCCUUCCAGAGGAAGAUCCUCGAGCGGUCCGGGCUGGGUCAGGGGACCUACUUCCCCAAGGCGGUGCUCAACUCGCCGCCCAACCCGUGCAUGGCGGAGGCCCGCGCCGAGGCGGAGACCGUCAUGUUCGGCGCCAUCGACCAGGUGCUCGCCAAGACGGGCGUCCGGGCCAGAGACAUCGGGAUCAUCGUCGUGAACUGCAGCCUUUUCAACCCGACGCCGUCGCUCUCUGCGAUGAUCGUCAACCACUACAAUCUCCGCGGGAACGUCGCAAGCUACAACCUCGGCGGCAUGGGGUGUAGCGCCGGGCUCAUCUCCAUCGACCUCGCCAAGCAGCUGCUCCAGGUGCACCGGAACACGUACGCGCUGGUGGUGAGCAUGGAGAACAUCACGCUCAACUGGUACUGGGGCAACAACCGCUCCAUGCUCAUGUCCAACUGCCUCUUCCGGAUGGGCGGCGCCGCCGUGCUGCUCACCAACCGCGGCGCCGACCGCCGCCGCGCCAAGUACCAGCUCGUGCACACGGUGCGCACCCACCACGGCGCCGACAACCGCGCGUACCAGUGCGUGUUCCAGGAGGAGGACGAGACGGGCCGCGUGGGCGUGGCGCUGUCCAAGGACCUCAUGGCCGUCGCCGGCGAGGCGCUCAAGACCAACAUCACGACGCUCGGCCCGCUGGUGCUGCCCAUGUCCGAGCAGAUCCUCUUCCUGGCGUCGCUCAUCGGUAAGAAGGUCCUGGGCCUCAGGAUCAAGCCGUACAUCCCGGACUUCAAGAUGGCAUUCGAGCACUUCUGCAUCCACGCCGGGGGGCGCGCCGUGCUGGACACGAUCGAGAAGAACCUGGAGCUGAGCGGGUGGCACAUGGAGCCGUCGCGGAUGACGCUGUACCGGUGGGGGAACACGUCGAGCAGCUCGCUGUGGUACGAGCUGGCGUACACGGAGGCGCAGGGGCGGGUGCGGCGCGGCCACCGCGCGUGGCAGAUCGCGUUCGGGUCCGGGUUCAAGUGCAACAGCGCGGUGUGGCGCGCGCUGCGGACCAUCGACCCGGCCAAGGAGAAGGCCGGCGGCAACCCGUGGGCGGAGGAAAUCCACUGUUUCCCCGUCGACGUGCCCAAGGUGGAGAGCGUCGCGGCGUCGUGAGGGUGAAUUGAGAUGCAUAUUGGUGGUGGAGUGCAAGGUUGUUGGUUCCUCUUUUUAUUUUUAUUUUUAAAAUGAAAUAUAUGUCAAGUGUCAUUCAGUGUAGGGUACAGAGAAGCUGUAAACAUACAAGAAGUUUGAUGCAUGGUUUGUUUGAGAUUUA